CCGCCCACUGUUCUCCUGUCGGCGUGUGAUGCUCGGUGCUCAUAGGGGGGAAUUUUGCCUUCAGCUGAGAGACUCACCUUCAUAAUUUUCUUAGCUCAGUGUCUCCUAAUUUCAAAAGGGACCGAUAACGAAGACUUGUCCAACUAUCAGUGCAAUGGGAAAUAGCAACAGUAGUGGAGGGAAGCUCGGGUCUUCCGAACCUCUGCCAGCCCCACUAGGGGUGAAUACACCCACGAGCGGGAGCCAGGAGCCGCAUCCGAGCUUGUUAUUCCCUCCUUCACCUGCUGCUGAGUCUUUUGCCAGUCAAGUUGGACCUGGGACUGGGAGUGAACCACACGUGCAUAUUCAUGAAUCACCUUCAGAAUCUUCAACUCUCAAUCCUGGCUCCAUUGAGGAUAUCCACAAAAAAUGCAAAGAUGUAUUUCCUCUUGCUUUUGAGGGAGGUCGACUCUUGGUGCAGAAGCCUCUCAGCAGCCACUUUCAGAUUGCUCAUGCUCUCACCCUGGGUUCACCAGACAUGAGUGGCUACAAGUUUCAGGCCACCUAUGCAGGCACAAAGCAAUUUAGUCCCAACGAAGCCUAUCCCAUACUGAUGGGAGAGGUUGAUGCCUCAGGGAGUCUCAAUGCAAACAUCAUACAUCAGUUCACUCGAGAGCUACGAACACGAUUGGUAGCUCAGUUGGAAGGUUUUGGGAAGAAAACAGGUGGUAAUGCUGCUCAGGGGACUAUGGAGUAUUUUGGCAGAGAUUAUACAGCUACCUGCACUCUUGCCAACAUUGAUCUCAAGAGAUCUUCUGGUGUGAUGAUCUUGCAAUAUCUGCAAGCUGUUGGACGAGUUGGGAGCAGCCAACUACCCCUUGACCUUGGUGCUGAACUUGUGUAUCAGCGAGAUGCUCGCAUUCCUGGUGGUCAGAUUGCACUCAUAUCCAUCUCAGGCCGUCUCUCAGGCAAGGACUGGGUGGCAAGUGGCACUCUUGGAGGCCCAGGAAUCCAUGCUACUUUCUACCAGAAGGCCAGUGAACAGCUCCAGAUUGGUGUGGAGAUGGAUGCAAACUUACGUCUCCAAGAUACAACCACAACCAUAGGCUACCAGGCUGAUCUCCCAAAGGCUGGGCUAGUCUAUAAAGGAUCAUUUGACUCAAACUGGACUUGCUGUGCCAUGUUGGAGAAGAAGCUGCAACCACUACCUUUCACAUUGGCCUUAUCUGGAAAGUUGAAUCACAAGAAGGGAAACUUUGGCGUUGGAAUUGGCCUCAUAAUAGGCUGAACCCAGUUUGCUAGUCAGUAGGUAGAGAAAUACUUGAAUUAUGUUCCACCAGAACAACUCAAGACAGGUGCCAUCCUCUAGCGUCAGGCAUCUGUUGUGGAGAUGCUUUGACAGUGCUGUUUAUGUGACUUCCAAUUUUGUCACAUGCAGAGGACACAUUUUUUACAAUAAAAGGCAU